AUGGCUGAGCGCGAGCGACGGCCAAAACGCCGUGAUGUGGAUGCAGGGAAAGAGCAGUCUCGUGGCGAGCAUCAUGGAAUCGAGCAUCAAGGGCCCAUCAUCGCAUACAUCAAGAGUGUGCUAUGCGCUCAGCCUCAAUCAGCAGCCUCAACGGCUGAUGCUACCCUUGACGGCGACAGCGACCUCGCGUCAGACACGUCCUUGCCUCCGCUGACGAGUUCGAAUGCAGUCGACGUCCAGCUAUACGCCUUCAUUGCCGUCAUUCUCAGCAACUUUGUGCAAAUUUGGUACAAUCGCAUCACUCCCGACCAGCAAUUUGUUAGUGAGAUCGUGCAGAUCAUUGCACACUGCACGAGGGGCUUAGAGCAGCGACUGAGACAUGUCGAUCUAGAGACGCUUGUACUGGACGAGGUACCCAGAGUCUUCAUUGAGCAUAUCGAAGUGAUCCGAGUGGCAAAGCGGCAGCACACUCGCAUUGCGCUCGCUCCAUUUGAGCAGCGAAUACGCUACCAUGCCUUGCGUCCUCACCUGGCCCUCAGCCCUGUACCAAUAGAUCCCGAGACCUCGUCUCUGCAGCAGGAAAAUGAGACGGCGUGGUGUGUCCUCCUUGUGAACCGAGUCCUUCCACUGCUGCUACCGCCCGAAGACCUCCAAAACCCGUGUCUCGCGGUCUUGGUGUCAGAGAUCUUCUCAGAGAUGAUCAUGAGAGCUGGCAUUUGCGGUAAAGCUAGUGAGCCGUGGGUGCUGUGGGAUGGAAUAGCAAAACUGCUUCGUUCGCUGAAGCGCGACGACGAGAGAUCAUUGGCAUUGAAUGCACCGAGUAGCCAGCUAGAAGAGCUGGGCUUACUGGAUUCUACGACGAAACAACGGUCUUCCCAUAAUCGUAGCCGCUGGCGCUUCGACACUGUCAUGCAGGCUUCAUGGCUCUUUGCACAAAGCAUCAUGACAGUCUGGAUGAUAGCACGCGCCGCGGUCGUCGCUUUGAUGCAGGCCGCCUCGAUCCCAGCACGGUCGAGCCGGACCUCGUACACUACUUCUUUGGGUGUACUUCCUCCCACACAUGUCAAGUCCAAACGGGCCGAGACCUCACCAGAUGAUUGGAAACGACGGCCAAUAAUCAGCAUGACUUUCUGGGAAUGCAUGUCGGAGCUGCUGCUCCUCAAACAACGAAUGCCGUGGCUGUCAGGUAUCCUAUCACUUCUGCAGUGGAUGACCUUGUGUGGACCCGGGAAGCUCUGCGACACGAACAGCAAAUUGGACAGGUAA